AUGUCACUAACGCUUUUUGCAAAUGAUAAGAGGAGAGAAUACUUAAGCAGUAACAGACCAGAAGGUCGGGUAGGACAUUCUCUACAUCAUUAUUAUGAGUUAAGCGCAACGGAGGAUGUAAGUGGCUCGUCCGGAAGAGACGACGAUGAAGAGACAGACCAGACGAGCUCAGCCCACCGGAUGGACGGUGCGUACUCGUAUGGGAUAAAGUCUCGAUUUAUUUCAAGUCAAGAAGAAAGUAAAUAUGGAAGGGCUGAAAUAGACGAUAAAAAAUGUGGCGAUGGUGCGGAAGGCGAACUACAGGAGGGAGGUGAAUCGCCAGAAGGUAACCCGGAGGAGGCAUACAAAGGAGAUAAAUUAUUCACCCAAUACCCUAUCACUGGAAACCAUUACCAGCAUCAUGACGAUAAUCUGGGUAGUAUGUCCUAUGGGGACAAGUCUGGUUACCAUAAUAGGUUCAUCCAUGGGAGGUAUAAAGUUGUGCUGUUUGGGGGAGGGCUACCAGAAGAGGAGUUUCUGAAAAGUUACGCAAACCGAUGUGAACAAGAUAAGGGUGAUGAUGAAGAUGGCGUCUACAGCAAAUACAAUACGAUGUCUGUAGAAAAUUCUCUACGAAAAACGUUUAAUGAUGUAUACAUUUGUGAAGAGGAAAAUGACGAUUUUGAGAACUGGGUAAAAGUGAAGACUCAUAAUGUUCCUGAAGGAAGAGCAUUCCACGCAUCUUGUAUUGUAAAUCUAGGGAUAAAUGGUGUUUUUUUGUUUAUCCAUGGGGGGAAGGUGAAGAAUGACAUGUUAGCGGAUGAUCGACUGUGUGCCCUUAACUUGAGCAGAACUUUAUAUCGUGGUGGCCGAAGCCGGAGCGGUAGCAAAUGCAGCGAAGAACCAGAGGGGAAGGAUGAAAGUAACACCAGCGACAGUCCCAUGGUAGAAGAAAACAACAAGCCUAAUCGGCAGGAAUAUAAUUAUCAUCCAGAUGAAUAUGAGGAAGAACACCUUCCCGACGGAACCACAGUAAGGGAAAACCAACAUGGCCCCGCUAACAAUGCAGUAGUGAGAGAACAUCGGAAUGAUAAGGACAAGGAGGGAGAACCCCCAAAUGAGGGCCCUCAAAAUGGUCUAGUAAAAAAAGAAAAACAGGAAGAAGUUCACGAAGAAGAAAGAACGUUUAGCGAACCUCUAAUAGAUGGAGGCAAAAAUUGUGAUACCCCAGGGGGAGAAAAAAAAUGGAGCAACAGUAAUCAUCAUGAUGAGGAUGGUAACAUUGAUGGAGAUAUUGGAGCAACUCGUCUGAAGGAAGAAAAUUGUAGUGAUGCAAAAUUAGAUGCGGCUAGGGAAAGGGCUCCUCCCCAUGAGAAUAACGUGGUAGCGAAUCAGAAGAAGAGGAAGUUGUCUUGUUCAUCGUCUCAUUUGUGCUCCGCAUCGAGUGGGUCUGCGUCCAGUGAGUCUGCAUCAGGUGGGUUCGUCUCUCCCUCCUCAUCGUCCUCUUCUUCCAACUCGUUACCUCCAUGUGACUCAGCCUUUUUUCGAUCCAAGUAUUACCGUACAAGAGAUAACCAGUUUGAUGAGGAGGAUGAGAACGUGCUUGUAAAUUCGCGUGUUCCAGUUAAAAGUUUGCUUUUCAGAGGAAAGGACUCCUCCUCUUGUGGUAGUGUUUCCUCCGACGUAGAUUCAGAUAUGGAUGAAGAGAAAAAUGAAUAUUAUUCCUCCCUCAGAGGAGUUAAAAGGGCAUGGGUCCACAUCCAAGCAGUGGGAAGAAAACCAAGCAGUAGGUAUGGACAUACCCUGGAUUUUCUAUAUCCCCAUAUAGUUCUAUUCGGGGGUAACGAAAAUGUAUGUGAUGAUGAGAGAACUUUUUUUUGUAAGAAUGAUCUAUGGGUGUUGAACAUAAGAAAGGGGAAAAUAAAACGCACAAACUGUCAGAGGAAAAGAAUUGUUUACUUCCAGUGGGAAGAAAUAGAGUACCAAUCUGUGGAUCCCUUGGGAAGGUACUUUCACGCUACGACCGUAUGGUAUGAUGUAGAAAAUAAAAUGAACAACCUGAUUUUGUACGGAGGAAAAAUGAGAAAGAAAACGAGUAUUAGUAGCAGAUUGCUAGUUUUGCAAAAUUGUGGAAAUGUAUGGAGGUGGUCCAUUUUGCCAGUUUAUGUGAAUCCCUUAAACGAAAACAGAGCGUGUCACGCCCUGGUCUGCGUCCAUAAUCAUAUAUUUAUCAUUGGGGGAGAAGACUACAUGUAUAGGUAUAUCGAGAAAAUGCCCUCCGCCUUGUAUUCCUUUGAAUCGAAGAGGUUUCAGUACAUUAACGACUUCAGUGCAAAGGCCUGCUUAAAAUGCUUUGCAAAGAAUGAAACAAUUUAUUCCUGGGGAGGAUUUACAGACAUAUCAUGCAACCAAAUUUUUUUACCAAACAACUUUGUUACCAUUGAUGUAUACCCUAAUGUUAUGUAUAUACAGAUGAAGGAAGAGCUUACGGCUGAGUGUGAUGAAAACAGCAAGCUCGUUUUGAAGGAGGAGCCAGAUUCUGACGAUGACAUUUACAAUCGUAUGAAUAAGAAAAUAUUAAAAAUACACAAUAGGAAGAUAGAACUAGAGAAGGAUCUACUGUACCAGAUAAAGCUAAAUGAUAAUUUGAAUUUUCGCAUAAAGUCGCAGAUGGUGCAGUAUCAGAGGUUGGUGCAGCUUCUGAAUGUUAAGCAGAGUCAGAACGCACAUCUGAUCAAUGCGCUGACACAUCAGAGUCGUCUCCUCGACGGUGGUAGCAUUGGCGUAAACAUUGGUGGUAGCGUUGGUGUAAACAUUGGUGGUAGCGUUGGCGUAAACAUUGGUGGUAACGUUGGCGUGAACAUUGGUGGUAGCGUUGAUGGGUGCCAUGUCCCAUCGCAUACUCUGUCGAGCGGCAUUCCAUACGAUGUACCUCCCAGCGUACACCAGAUCGCACCGCAUGGCUCAUACCAUGGGUUGCAUGAUGUGCCUCUCUACGAAGGGAACAUUAACAUAAACAUGGAAAGUAGCAACCACAACAUGGACAACGUGAAUGUGAACAUUUGCAACUACGCGCAUUAUAAAAAUGAGGAGGACCAUUUCAAAAUGCCGAUAAACGAACGAGACAAUUUCACCCAUCCGAUGACUGCAGAAAAGAUGAACGUUCAUGCCAGUGGGGUGUACAGCGAAUACCAAUGCAGUGUAGUACCGGACAAUCUGGAAGCGAAACAAAUAGUAAGUGACCUACCCUUGGAAGACGCAGAUGCGUAUAAAAAUUUGAUGUCAAAUGAGAAGGGCAACAAAAAUGUGGAGGAUCAGUUGCAGUUGCAGUUGCCGUUCGAGGGAGGGGGGGCGCCUCAUCAUCCCGAUGUACCGCUCAACCAAGUGAACACAGCGGGCGGAAACCCCCCAUGUCGUGGGGAGUAUCCCCCUCCUUCCGAACAGGUAACCAAUAACACCGGAAGUGCGCCUUACCAAACGUUUAGUGGCAUGUCCAAGUCGUGCGCCACAAAUGGAGAGCAGAUCCCCUGGAAUGAGCAUACGAGUGGUUACCCCAACGGAGCAGGUCAUCCUUCAUUCAGUGAAAUGAAUCAGCCACCCGAAAUGCCAAUAAAGAAUAGCUCUUCUUUUGUAAAUGAUUAUUGCAUGGGGGUUCCCCUGGAUGUGCCCACAAAUAAUCUCCAAGGAAGUGGUAGCAACGAUAGAAUUGGCAACCCCGUGUCAACACAGGAUGGUAUUAUUGGUAACGGAAAUGAAGGAAGCGCCAUUACGGGCACCAACAGUGAGAGUGUGCAAGCUCCAAGUGAAGGGAAUUGCACAAACAGAGAAGGGUCCAAUCAACGGGUUCGCCGAAAAACGGCCGCGAAGUGCUUAGAGCUGAUUGAGCAGGACAGGCUCAGCAGGAUGAUGAAUGAGAAGUAG